UAAUAAUCUGAAGCAGGACAGUGAGUGAGACGAGGGGAGAAUCCCUGAAAUACUAAGAAGGAAAACUUGAAUUAUUAGAGGACAGGUAAAGAUGAACGGGGAGGAAAUCUACGAUAGUUUCCAAGUUUCUGGUUUGGGCGACUGAAUCGAUGUAGUAAGCUACCCGGGAGGGAUAGGAGAAGCAGGUUUGGCGAGGGGGAGUUAAAAUUAGGAUACACUGCGUGAGGGGAUGGUUGGCUGUGUAGAACGGAUGAACGGAGCUCUCGUAUUUACUUUGGCCACAGGAGCCUGCGGCUCUGCCUUGAUGGAUUCAGCCUCCUCAGAGCUGUCAAAGGCGGGGAGGUGGGGUGGAGGCCGGCCAGGUCCGAGCGCCAGCGCAGUGCCUAGACCACCGUACCUCCGCCGCUCCCGGGGCUCCAGAGUCCAGGCCGCAGAGAGCCGGGGCCCGCCCACCGCUGUCAGCGGAAGCGGCGUGAUUGGCUGGAGACGCCGGCGCCGGGGGGCGUGAGCGGGCCCGGACUUAAGGAACUGCUCAGCGAUUGGCUGGGAGGCACCAAAAAGGCCUAAUUCAAAUUGUUGGAGCCGCCCUUCCAGGGAGCGGGCGCCUAGUUCCACCCCGCCCCAUCGCUUAGUUAGACAGGUACACAAACCAGAGCUGUAUUGGUCAGAUCCUUCCGGCACCGCUCCUUUCCCGAGUCAGGAUGAGAAGAGAGCUGUGACUGGCAGAUUUUCAGGGGCGGGCACUCUAGGCCUUAUCCGGGCUUCGCUUCGGGACUGGCUCCUGUCCUGGGCGUGGAUUGGGCUGCAGCGUUGUCAGCGUGAUCCGGGGGCGCGGCCAGCGCUAAUAAAGAGGAGCCGGGGUUGCAGCUGCAGUAAGUUCCACCGCAGCUAGAGCUCCGAGUGGCCGUCUAGAAGCGGAGCUCGGCGGUGCGGUCGGCUUCACCGCGGUGUUCCCCGGCCGGGUGUCUCGCCGCAGCCUCGGGAGAGGAGACGGACCUCUCCUCCUUCUGUCGGAGACAUGUCUGCGGCAGCUCAGCCACCCACCGAAGGGGCAGAAGGGGCUGCCCCAGGUGGGGGUCCCCCUGGCCCUCCUCCUAAUACGACGAGUAACAGACGACUACAGCAGACCCAGGCACAAGUGGAGGAGGUGGUGGACAUCAUGCGUGUAAAUGUGGACAAGGUCCUGGAGAGGGACCAGAAGCUGUCAGAGCUGGAUGACAGAGCCGACGCUUUGCAGGCGGGCGCAUCACAAUUUGAGAGCAGCGCCGCCAAGCUAAAGAGGAAGUAUUGGUGGAAGAACUGCAAGAUGAUGAUCAUGCUGGGAGCCGUCUGUGCCAUCAUCGUGGUAGUUAUUGUAAGCAGCGACCUUGGGCAAAUUACUGAACAUCUGCAAGUAUCAGUUACUCAUCUCUAAAUGGGAGGAGUGAGAACCUGUGCAGGCCCCCAUCUGAGCGCUCAGCGCGCUGCUGGCUUGAUGCAGACGCCCAGUGGAUACCAGCACCUCUCGAGCUUCGCAGCCACAGCCCCCUUUCCCCACGCACCCUUGCCUCUAGCCGUGCGGGCCCCCCAGUUCUUUCUAGCCUGUUUUAUAAUG